AUAUAUGUAAUAUUAUAUAAGACAAAUAAAAUAUAAUAAUUGUCUAUAAAAUAGUAAAGAUAAACUCAUUUGUUCUUGAAGUUAAAGUUGAAGCCACCUGCCGAAAAAUAAACAUGGAAAAGACCAAACAAUCUUACCAAUGUCAAGGUAGCGCCUUCGUAAUUGAAUUCUUCGUGCAGGCAGUUGUUUUAAACAAAUAUUUAAAAUACUAAAGAAACUGAAACACCAGCAGAUAAGCAAUAUAAAUACCCAGUCGGAUCAUGGGUUAAUUAUAAGUGAACUGUAGUUGCACCCACUUACACCUCAGACAGAAUGAAGUUCCUUGUUGCUUGUGUCCUUGCCGCACUCUGCCUGUGCCAGGCUCCAUCGGCUUUUAAGAUUAGACGAGUUAUCUAUGUAGUGCCAGCCACCACAACCACUGCCAGCCCACCAACAAGCAGCAACACAACAACCACAACCACCACGACGACACCAACUCCGGUGAUCCAGCAGAUUGUCUACUGCACCUGGAAGAACAACUGGUGUCGACCCAUCUCACAGUCCGCCGGCAACUGUAAGUGGGGCUUCUGCAAGUUCACUGGAUAAACAAAAACCAUCUCCUCCCUUUCGUUAAAUAAUAAAAAAGUGAUAUUGUAGCACAAA